UGGACUCGUACCUACUAGUGACUACCUUAGUGCAUGACUCACACUAAAGCUAAGCUUGACACUAGGGAGUGCUGCUGACAGAAUAUGUCAAUGGUCAGGAGGACACUAUGCUUCUAGGGCCGAGGCAUACACUCUUUGAAACUAUCUAGUUGGUGAACUAGAAAAGAACAACCAAUGCCGUUAUUACGUGACCGCUCCCGACUCCGAGUCCACAACGACCGCCAACAUGCCUCCCAGAGGGCCCAGACCAGUCCUCUCAUCCAUCACUCUCAUCUCAUCCCCAUACCACGUCGGUCUCCGGGCCAGCCCAAUCCACCGCAGCCGCAUUAGCGAGGGACCCGACUAUAUCAAAUCCGCCGGGCUCGUCUCCCUGCUGCAGACCUACCACGUCCCCGUCCACCAGAUCGACAUCCCGCCCGUGGCCGACGACUUCGAAGGCGAGAUCGGCCGCACAUUUGAGCUGCUGCGCCGCGUCUCGGGCGCCGUCACCCACGCGCGCAACCAGUCUUCCUUUCCCAUCGUCCUCGCAGGAAAUUGCUGCACCAGCGUGGGCGUCGCGGCCGGCCUGUGGGGGUCGAGCGACCUGAGAGGUACCGCCGCCGACGACGACGAUGACGGCGACGCGCUGGGCUGCGUCUGGUUCGACGCCCACGACGACUACAACGUCCCCGACACCGUGGUGAGCGGGUACUUUGACAGUCAGGGCAUCGCCAUGAUGGCGGGCGAGUGCUGGAAGGCGCUGCUGGACACCGUGCCCGGGUUUCGUCCCACCCGCUUGCGGAGGGUGAUACACUGCGGCAUGCGCGACGUGAAUGACCUGGAGCGCAGUCGCGUGGAAGCGGCCGAUAUGGCUGUCGUCUGGGGGGAUGCAGCGCGGAAGGUGGAUUUCGAGGCUGGUCUACGCCACGAGCUGCAUCGCGUGUUUGGGAGCGACUCUGAGGCUGCAACGUUGAUUCACCUCGACGUGGAUUCGCUCGACUGCUCGCUGGGGAAAGCAAACCAGUUUGCCUGCUCCGGUGGCCUGCUGGAAGAAGAGCUGCUGGGUUGUAUGGCGGCAAUUACAGAACGGACAAAGCCGUUGGCCUUCACUAUCGCUUCGUUCGAUCCGCUGUGCGACACAGAUGACUCCGCUCAAAGGCUCGCGGCGGCUGUUAUCCAAGCUGUCGGGAAGGUACUGAGCGGUUUGCGAAGUGCAGGUGUGCUCGCGACUCACUAGUGUCGUACCGGUUUUGGCCAACGAGAGCAUGGGAGAAAUAUGUCUGGAUGUGGUAUGGGAGGAGGGACCAUGGGUGAACCAAUAGUCACGGUGUUAGCGGUAAUCGGGCAUGUCUAUCGAUUUCUCUUUCACUGAGAGACAGGACACUAGUAAACGGCGAGAGUCUAAAUACACUUGGUAACACUCACUCAUCUUUAGCUUACA